AUGGCUGGACUAGAAGAUAUCGUCCGCAAAAUGAGCGAUGGGCGCUCUCCAAACCGUUUGAUCGGAGAGUUGGAAAAAGUCGCCGGCCUCCUACACUGCAAAAGAUGGCAUCAGUAUCAAGCCGCGGAAAAAGCCGAGGCAUGGAAAGACAUCCUAGAACAAGCUCCUAUCGAGACCAGAAGAAAUCAAAACUCUCACCACGGGAGAGGUUCUCAACGCAGCACUAGCACUGGUGGGAGACGUCGCGAAUUGAGCACCACAGAAGUGCUCGACUCAUGUCGAACCAAAGACUUGCUCGCUGAACUUUCCGACCGCCUCAGCACAAGGAGGUCGAGAAGGGUCCUCACGGCUAUUGAAGAGCUGUUGGAUGAGCAUUAUGAAGCCACCGGCGCUGAUCGCGACUCCCCCUAUCUGCGAAGGCUGGCCUCUGAAAGUGACGACGAUGAUUCAGAAACCGAAAGCGAUGACGAUCAUUCCGAAAGUGAAAGUGACGACGAUGCCUCUGAAAGUGACAGUGACGACGAUGGCGACACCGACGAGGACGAGCCCGUGCCCAGCCCAAGAUCAUCCACUUCUCGUCCAAGUCGAUCCUCGAGAACAUCCACACAAGACUCAGUACGCACACAUCGACGGAGACGAUCAGUGUCUCCAUCACCACCAGUCCGAAAUUUGUCUCCUACUGCCCCAGCAGGAAAUUCCACGUCUGCGAAUGAAUGUGGCAUCUGCCUGCAAACGAUGAAUCGAAGCAGUGACAGUUGGCGCUGUGCGACUUGUCGAAACUCUGCUCACGUUGAUUGCUUUGAUCAGUGGGUGGCGAACUCCCCAGAAACCAAUGUAAGAUGCAUUUACUGUCGUGCAACUGUUCAGACGUGA